ACUUUUAAUGAAGGUGCUAGUACAUAUUUACUAAUGAUGCAAGCACUGAACAUCGAUGUUGGCCGAAAUUGCGCUACAUACUGCAAGAAUCAAGACCGAGAGCGCAUCAAUUUGUCUGAUAUUCGAGUGCAGGAGGCGACGCGCGAAGGAAGAAUUGCUCGCAGACAAAGCAAUCCUCUUUCUACGAAGCUGCAAUUGCUGCUGAGGGUACUUUAUAUGGUCCUGGAAUUGACGACUAGAGAUCGACCGUUUCAACUGCACAGUGUCCACCGCCGAACGUGUCGGAAAAAAACUUAUCAUCUGCCGGCGGCCAUAACUUUUUUAUUUUUAGACAUUUUGUAAUAAAAAAAAUUUUUUUAAGCUCUCAAAACAUGUAUCUUUAAGUACAAAAAAAUUCAUGUCAUUUCCAUUAAUCGUUUCUGAAAAAAAAAUCUGAAUUUCGACCUAUUUUUCGGGCC